AUGGCGUCUUCAAAGUCCAUCCAAAAGGGACAAAUACCUAUUAAUUGUCAACUGUGUGAAACUGAAAAGGUAAUCAGAUGGAAAUGUAUAGAAUGUAAUCUUUUAAUGUGCAAUAACUGCCGUGAUAUAAUACAUCCGAAGUUCAAAAAUGCAAAUGGUCAUAAGAUCGUAGACAUUCAAGAUGUUGGACUUCAAAAUGCAGAGAUGGAGUUUACUAACAUUAAAUGUAGUGACCAUGCCGAACAAUUUUCCUGUCUUUUCUGCAAGAAGUGUGACAGUCUUGUUUGCCCAACGUGUGUGUCAAAGGUUCAUAAGAAACAUGCAAACGAUUUGAUUGAAAUUAGUGAAGCAUAUGAAAUGAAAAUAGACAUAUUAAAGAAAGGACAAAAUCAAUUAGAAAAUGGCAAAGCAAGCAUAACUACCGAAAAGGAUCAGUUGAGCCGACUUAAAACAACAGAAAACUCAAAGCACGUGAAAGUUAGGCAAGAUAUUUUUUCUCACCAGAAAACUUUGAAAACAAUAAUUGACAAUCACUUUGAACAGUUAGAAAGGGAAUUAGACAGGACUAGUAAAAGUGUUCUGCAACACAUUGAACACCACCUUUCCUUAAUAGUUGGGUCCAUUGAAGAGGUUGAAAACAAAAACGGUGAGCUCAAAAAUUAUAUAUGCAUUACUGAUGCUUCUGAAUUUUUCAAGAAUAUCAGAAAGUUGGAAGAAAAGUCCUUUGCUGUUCCUACAAUACAAACCACAAACACUUACGAUUCUAUUCCUAAAUUCAUAGCAGGGGAGAUCAUGCAGUCUAAUGUUGGAGUAUUACAAAGUGAUGUCAAACCAUCAACGGAGCGACGUGUUAAUACGGUUAUUAAUAAAACCUUUCAAACUGAUCUAUCAGUAGUAACAUAUCUAUGUCCUGGUUCAAAUAAGGAUAUGGCAAUGUGGAUAGCUUGUGAUAUCGACAACAAAGUGAAUAGAGUUAAACUUGAUGGAAAUAAAUUGAAAUUAUUAUCAUGUGUAAAGACAGAAGUGUAUGGCAUGGCAAUACUUCAAUCAGAUGAUGUCCUUUUGUCAACUGGUGGAUCCAAACUACAGCAACUGAAUAUGUCCACUGGUAAACUUACUGAAACUGUUUAUGAUGUAAACCCUUUUCUUUCUACUGCCAUUCACAUUACAAGUGGAAAUAAAGUAGUUGUGGGAGGUUAUAGUGAGAAACUAAGAAGAAGAGCUGUGUUUGUGAUGAAUGCAAAUGGAAAACACGAGACUGUGUACGAACAUGACCAACUAAAUCAACCUGUAUUUAAUUACCCAAAGGUUAUAACAAGUACAAGAAAUGGUAAUAUACAUGUGGCAGAUUGCCAUCCUAGUAGUGAUAGUGGCAGAGUGGUGGUGCUAGGACAGGGAGGGGAUAUAAUCAAUACAUAUACAGGACAUGCCCAUAUAAACAAGGAAAUACAAUUCAGACCAGUCAGUAUAGUGACAACACCAAAAGACGAUGUCAUAGUACCUGACAAGGAUACACAUUCAUUACAUAUUCUUGACCAUAAUGGUCAUCUAAUGGCUUAUCACAGUGAUAACAAUGUAAUACUUUAUCCCUGUACUCUUGCCUUCACACCAACAGGACAUCUAUAUAUAGGAUGUGGCAGAACUAAAGGCAGUACAACAAAGGAAGCAAAGAUACAUGAAGUGACCAUAACAGAGUGUUGA